AUGAUGGAUGAAGAUUAUGGAUGGGGAACUUGUUCGACAGUGGCUCUCUUGGUGGUUGCUGCUAUUAUCUUGUUUGCUCCAUUGGGGAUGGGUUCUUUGGAACCGCCUUCUGCUUUGAGUUACUGCGAUGGUAGAGAUUAUAGGCUCUUUGAUAAGUUGAGAAAGAAGCAUAAACAGUUGGUAGAGAUGAUGAAGAGUAGAGAAAGAAGGUUUGGAAACAGCAGGAGAUGGAAAAGGAUGCAAUAUCCAGUGGAUCGAUCUGAAAGGAUGGUAACCAGUAACAACCGCAUGAAAUCCAUUCAACUACUGGUAGGCAUCCAUUUCUAUGUCUUUGGUCAAAAAACAGUAGACAUGAAUAAAGUGGGCAGAGGGAGAUUAGAGCCACUUGUCUCAUAUAUCAAGAAGCUAGUUUCGGAAGAAGAGGAAGUAGCGGUACGUAGACAGUAG